AUGACAGCAGACACCCAAAUCGACCUAACUCGUGACCGACCCUCCUGGUUCCCUCACGGAAAAUCACUUCAACUACCUCUCACACUCCUAGAAACCCGUCACCGAAUCGUCCACCGACAUCUCCCUUCCCUCGCCGAGCUAAAGCGUGCAGCCACCGAGUCCCUCUCCUGGCUCUGGGAAUGGUACUGGCUCCAACUCGACCAUGCAUUCAAGACCGGUAUCACCCCAACUGCAGGAACAGAAGAAGAGGAAGAACUAGGCGUCCAAAGCCGUGAAGCCGUGCGAGAAAAACUCCAAAAUAUACUAAAAACCUACGUCAAAGAACGCAAGUCCGAGAUCAAAAACAGGAAGAAAGAUGAUAGCAGAGCUGCUGAAACAGCAUUGUCGACGUAUACCCUGCGUUACGCACCCACUGCUACCACCACGCCUUCGACUCAAACCCAGCGCGUACUUCUACACCUGUUGGUCGACGAGAAAAUGAUUCUGCCCACAGACAAGAAACCAGGCAGUACCAUGUCCGGCGCCUUCAUCAUCUGGACACCCCUCUUACGUGCGUUCUGCCUCGACGGCGGCGUGCUGCACAUCAAGACUCUGGUCGAGCAUCUCAUGCGUGCUAUGAACGCUUCUUCCCCCGCUGCGCGCGCAAUGAUGAAUCCGGAGAUGGAUCCUGUGAGGGAGGGGCUGCAGGACUGGAUUGUCCAUGUCCUUACGUCGGAGGAAUGGGCGGGUGUACGUGGAGGUGGGGCGGCGGAGAGAAAGGUUGUGGAAGAGGUGCUUGGGGUGUGUUUCUCCGAACCGUCGUUUUGGAAUUUGAGGGUUGCGGAGAAGGUGCUGGAUGCUGCAAGGGACGUUGUAGAUGAGAAGUUGUGGCGUGCGGUGCUGGAGGCUGCGAGGGCGGAGGGAGCGGGAGGUGAGGAGAUGGAGGUUGAUGUUGAAGAGAUUGAGAAAGCUUUGCCGGUUAGAAAGAAUGAUGGAAAGGAGGAUGUGGUCAAGGAGAAGAUCAAGGGGCCGACUAAGGUGUUGGGGAUGUGGAAACCGAGACCGAUUGGAUGGUUGCCUGAGGGGUGGGAGGAUGAUGAAUAA